UUUCCAUUCGAUUCAACCAAACAUAACCAAAAUUUCCACAAUCCUAUAUCCUUCUUUCACUCCUUUCACAGUCUAAGAAAUGGCUCCAACACUUGCAGAAACAACCACUGACUCCUUUGAUAUCGCUGAUUUUGUGAUCAACCAAGGGAAUGGUGUAAAAGGUCUUUCUGAUUUGGGCAUCAAAAGCCUUCCUAGGCAAUAUAUCCAACCCCAAGAAGCAUUGAUCAAUAUCAUCCCAAAUGAAUCUAUACCUGUCAUUGAUAUGUCAAACUGGGAAAAUGAUCCCAAGAUCGCAGAAUCUGUCUGUGAAGCUGCUGAGAAAUUUGGGUUCUUUCAGCUUGUUAACCAUGGUGUGCCUCUUGAAGUGCUUGAGGGUGUUAAGGAUGCAACUCAUCGUUUCUUUGGGCUACCAGCUGCUGUGAAGAGAAAGUACUCCAAGGAGCUUUCACCUUCUAACAGUGUCAGGUUUGGUACUAGCUUUAGUCCUGAUUCUGAGAAGGCUCUGGAAUGGAAGGAUUACCUGAGUCUUUUUUAUGUCUCUGAGGAAGAGGCUUCUGCAUUGUGGCCUCCUGAGUGCAAGGAUGACUGCUUGGAAUACAUGAAGAAAUCUGAAAUCCUAUGCAAAAAGCUAUUGACUGCUCUAAUGGAGAGACUCAAUGUAAAAGAAAUAGACGAAAAGAAAGAGUCUCUUUUAAUGGGAUCCAGAAGGAUUAACCUCAACUACUAUCCUAGAUGUCCAAACCCUCAGCUCACUGUUGGAGUAGGCCGCCACUCCGAUGUCUCCUCCCUCACUUUCCUCCUCCAAGACGAAAUCGGUGGACUUUACGUGCGAGUGAACGAAGGAAAAGGCGAAGAAGAUGGUUGGGUUCACGUUCCUCCCAUUGAAGGAUCUCUUGUUAUCAAUGUCGGAGAUGCACUGCAGAUACUGAGCAAUGGUCGAUACAGGAGUGUUGAACAUUGUGUGAUUGCGAGUGGGAGCAAGAACAGGAUUUCCAUUCCAGUUUUCGUCAACCCAAAGCCAAGUGAUGUGAUCGGACCGUUGCCUGAAGUUCUUGCUGCAGGAGAAAAGCCAAAAUAUAAGAACAUUUUAUACUCUGAUUAUGUUAAGCAUUUCUUCAGGAAGGCUCAUGAUGGCAAGAAGACUGUGGAGUUUGCUGAAAUGUAAUAAUUUUUAUUCUACCAGUUCACUACUGUUAAUGUUGUAAUCACUAAGUAUUUAUAAUAAACUAUAAUAAUUUUGUAAAAAUUCACAUAA